GCGCUGGGUCCUCGGCGCGGACCGCGCAGACUGAAUAAUAAAAGGGGAGCGGCGAAGAGGCAGGAAGACAGGACCAUGUCGAAGGGCCCCGGGCCCGGCGGCUCCGCAGCUUCCUCCGCGCCCCCGGCCGCUACCGCUCAGGUGCUGCAGGCACAGCCCGAGAAACCGCAGCACUACACGUACCUGAAGGAGUUCCGCACAGAGCAGUGCCCGCUCUUCGUCCAACACAAAUGCACACAGCAUCGGCCCUACACCUGCUUCCACUGGCACUUCGUGAACCAGCGCCGCCGCCGGUCCAUCCGUCGCCGGGACGGCACCUUCAAUUAUAGUCCUGACGUCUACUGCACCAAAUACGACGAGGCCACAGGGCUCUGCCCCGAAGGCGACGAGUGUCCAUUCCUGCACAGGACCACAGGGGACACUGAGCGCAGGUACCACCUUCGUUACUACAAAACUGGAAUCUGCAUUCACGAAACGGACUCUAAAGGCAAUUGUACGAAGAACGGCCUGCACUGUGCUUUUGCUCACGGACCCCAUGACCUUCGCUCCCCUGUCUAUGAUAUCAGGGAGCUCCAGGCCAUGGAGGCCUUGCAGAAUGGCCAGACCACAGUAGAAGGCAGCAUAGAAGGCCAGUCAGCUGGAGCUGCGAGCCACGCCAUGAUAGAAAAAAUCCUCAGUGAGGAGCCUCGGUGGCAAGAGACCGCUUAUGUGCUGGGCAACUAUAAGACGGAGCCGUGCAAGAAGCCCCCGCGGCUGUGCCGCCAGGGCUAUGCCUGUCCCUACUACCACAACAGCAAGGACCGGCGGCGGAGCCCCCGGAAGCACAAAUACAGGUCAUCUCCAUGUCCUAAUGUCAAACACGGGGAUGAGUGGGGAGAUCCCAGCAAGUGUGAGAAUGGAGAUGCCUGCCAGUAUUGCCACACUCGCACAGAGCAGCAGUUCCAUCCGGAGAUUUAUAAAUCCACCAAGUGCAACGACAUGCAGCAGUCAGGCAGCUGUCCCAGAGGACCUUUCUGCGCCUUUGCCCACGUAGAACAACCACCCCUAAGUGAUGAUCUACAGCCUUCCUCAGCUAUAUCCAGCCCCACCCAGCCAGGUCCUGUCUUGUACAUGCCAUCUGCUGCCGGAGACUCGGUGCCUGUGAGCCCCUCCAGCCCACACGCUCCCGACCUCAGCACCCUCCUCUGUAGGAACAGCGGCCUGGGCAGCCCGUCCCACCUCUGUGGCUCUCCACCAGGCUCUGGCAGGAAAGCCCCAAAUCUAGAAGGCCUUGUCUUCCCAGGGGAAUCCAGCCUCGCCCCUGGCAGCUAUAAGAAAGCUCCUGGGUUUGAGAGGGAAGAUCAGGUGGGAGCCGAGUACCUGAAGAAUUUCAAGUGCCAGGCUAAACUAAAACCCCACUCACUAGAACCCAGGAGUCAAGAACAGCCUCUGCUUCAACCCAAACAGGACGUGUUGGGCAUCCUUCCUGUGGGCAGCCCUCUGACCUCAAGCAUCUCUUCCAGUAUCACCUCCAGCCUGGCAGCCACUCCCCCCAGCCCUGCAGGCACCAGCAGUGCCCCUGGCAUGAAUGCAAAUGCUCUGCCUUUCUACCCCACCAGCGACACGGUAGAGUCGGUCAUAGAGUCUGCCCUGGAUGACCUGGACCUGAACGAGUUUGGGGUGGCUGCCCUAGAGAAGACUUUCGAUAACAGCACAGUGCCCCACCCUGGCAGCGUCACCAUCGGUGGCAGUUUGCUACAGAGCUCUGCACCCGUGAACAUCCCUGGCUCCUUGGGCAGCUCGGCCUCCUUCCAUUCCACCUCCCCGUCCCCGCCCGUCAGCCUCGCCUCACAUUUCCUGCAGCAGCCCCAGGGCCACCUCAGUCAGUCAGAAAACACAUUUUUGGGGACCUCAGCAUCACAUGGAUCUUUAGGUCUGAACGGGAUGAACAGCAGCAUCUGGGAGCAUUUUGCCUCUGGAAGCUUCUCCCCAGGCACUUCUCCUGCCUUCCUAUCAGGGCCAGGGGCUGCUGAGCUGGCCCGGCUUCGGCAAGAGCUAGAGGAAGCCAACGGCACCAUCAAGCAGUGGGAGGAGUCCUGGAAGCAGGCUAAGCAGGCUUGUGAUGCCUGGAAGAAGGAGGCGGAAGAGGCCAGUGAGCGGGCCAGCGCGGCCGGCGCCGAGUGUGAGCUGGCCCGGGAGCAGCGGGAUGCGCUGGAGGUGCAGGUGAAGAAGCUCCAAGAGGAGCUGGAGCGGCUGCACUCGGCUCCCACCCCCCCGGCCCUGCCUGCCUUCCCCGACCUGGAGGCCCUCUCGCUUUCCACCCUCCACUCCCUCCAGAAGCAGCUUCGGGCCCACCUGGAACAAGUGGACAAGGCUGUGUUCCACAUGCAGUCGGUGAAAUGCCUUAAGUGUCAGGAGCAGACCCGGGCAGUGCUGCCAUGCCAACACGCGGUGCUGUGCGAGCUCUGUGCCGAGGGCAGUGAGUGUCCAGUCUGCCAACCCAGCCGGGCCCACACCCUUCAGUCGUGACCCUUCAGGCCUGGCCCAGCCGGGCCCAGACCUUCUCACCUAGGACUUUUUAAAGUAUAUAUAUAUAUAUAUAUAUAUAUAUACAUCUAUAUGUAUAUAUAUAUGGAUGGAUG